AUGGCAAGUCAAGGUGAUAACAAGUUCACUUGGGUGAUGGAGCAUCUCACCUCUCUGCUGUCUCAUUUUCAUUUAUUUAACCCAUUUACGAUUGCUGACUGCGAAUGGUGUUUUGGUUCCACUGCCAAAGGAAACUCAAAUGAUGGUGAUGAUUCAGAUUCUAGUGAUUUUCAUGAUGAAGCUUCGUCAGUAAAGGAAAGCAUUGAUGUCAAUGGCUUUCACGUUCUUCCUUCACAGGUAGAAUCUGUGAGACAAAUAUUUGAAAGACAUCCAGACAUUGCAGAAGAGUUCCGUGCAAAGAACCAAUAUCUGAAGAAAGCAUGCAUGAACUUCCUGCUCAGCUUGAUCGAAACGCUGUGCCAAUCUCUUGAGGAGCUCUCCACUGAAGAUCUUGUGGAAGCGGACGUUGCGCUCACAUACUUGAAAGAUGCUGGUUUUAAGGUUGAUUGGCUGGAGAAGAAGCUGGACCAAGUUAAAGUGAAGAAGGCGAAAGAACAGUUUUGUUUGGCUCGGCUACAAGAAAUGGAGGAUAGUCUACUGAAACUGAAGGAAAAGUUCUCAGACCUAGAUGCUCUAUUGGAGAAGGAGGAGACAGAGUUGUCUGCCACAAGAACUCCUCUGUCAUUUGAUGAUGUUGUUUGA